AAGCAAGAUACGUGCUGCAAAAGCCACAUAAUACAAGUGAAAUACGUUAUUUUUGAUGAACUGUUUUUCGGGAAGAUAACACACAGUCACUGGCUUCUGUCUUCUCCACACAUUCCCAAAACAACUUCUGACGCCUCAGUAACACCCGCCGUUUGGCAUCAGACUACCGGUUAUUUUUCAUGGGAAAUGUAGUCCGUAUAGUCCUUAGCGUUCAUUGGUCCCAAGCCCGACGCGCGGAAGCUCAUGAAGGCGUCACAAUCUCUGCCAACACAACCGGUGCGAACGAACUUAUCCAGUUUUGCCACAAACAGCGUUAACAGUCUGUGUAACGCAACAGAUGCACACUGGUCAGUUACAUAUCCGGUCUUGACGCUAUGGACGGACGGUGUGCUGUUGAGAACUGGGCAGAAUUUGGCUCUUCAGUUACAUCAUGCACACCGAGGCUCAUAUUUGCUUCUGGGACAUGUGUCUAUCUCUGCACUGGCAGAAAUGAGGUUAAUUUAUUCUGUACUGAAAAGAGGAAACUCACAGUUGUUCUGGGGUUCCCUGGCCCUGUAAGUGACCUGGUUGUGAGUCCUGACAGUCAGUUCCUCUUUGUUGCCUCUCAAAGUGGAGUGUAUUGUGUCUGUGUACAUUCAAUACUAUCUAGAGCUAAAAGCUCCUUAGCUGAUGCAUCUGCCUGUCCAGCAGAGAUUGAGAUAUCCUCUGAGUUUCUUGUUGUUCCAGAAGAAGGAAUCUUAUGCCUGCUCUUCGAAGGCUCUACACUUCUGACUUUGUCCCAGAGAGAUACAUCCUGGGUGUUGACUUUACAUAGAUCUCUAAAACAAUCAAAACCCAGCAGCUUUGAGAUGUUGGGUUCAUUCAGUCUUCCAGUGGUCUCUGGUGUUUUACAGAAUGCAUCUGAGAGAAAGACAGUAACGAGAAGGAACCCUGUGCUGAUGUGUGUCCAUUCUAGAGAAACAACACCACUGUCUUCCUCCUCAGCAUCUUCAACAACCAAACGUUGUCUCCCCCUCAAGCCUGUCCUCUACACACUCUUAUUUGAUAUUGAUGCUGCUCUUGCCAAAUCACCUGUUAUCCUCUGUGGCCUGCCAGAUGGGCGCUUGUGUUUUCUCCCUCUUCAUCCCUCAGCAUCACGACUCAAAGUCUUGCACAACCUCGAGCAGCCGGUCAUGUUCAUUGGAGCAUCUUCCUUCGAGGAAAGUUCAGGACAUGCACAGUGUUUGGUGGCAGUGGGUGAACAAGGGAGAGUGGUGCUGAUGACGCUGAACAAACGGGGACCAGAAGGAGGAGGGUUCACAGCUGGCUUUACCGAAGGGUGUGUACCAGGGCCUGUGAUGUGUGGGUGUGUAGGUAAAAACUUUCUUUACUACAGCACUGUGUCAGACCUGCUGGCUCUGGAUCUGUCAGAGGGUUCAUGUGAGAGAAAAAAGGAUGAAACUUCCAGUACAACUGUCGGCGCCCUUCAAAACCUCACUAGUUUAAAUGUGUGCCGAGUCGUCGCCUUGGCUGAACCUACAAGCAACGCUGCAGGUGAAAUUCAGCUGCUGGCUUUGUCUGCGAGAGGGAUGCUCCAGAGGAUUACCGCACCUGUGAGGAGACAAGAUGGAGCAUCGUCUAAUGUGGUCUCCACACCGGAGGGUUGCAGUGUCAGGGACCUCCUGUCUGCAAUAGGAGAUGUUUGUGAAAGAGCUUCGGCACUGAAAUCUGCCAUCAAAUCCAAAAACCAAAUCCUAAUGCACCUGAAUCAGGUGCUUAACAUCAGCUACCUGCUCACAGCCAGAACAAACAGAGACGAGCAUCUUCCCACCAAUGAGAAAGCAAUCAGAUGCCAUGCCAUGACAAGCUGGAGCAGACUGCUUCAAAAAGACUCUCUGAACCUGACGUGUGUCCUGGAAAAUCCAAGUCCUUAUGUUUUAGAACGAGGCUGGACCCUGAGCAUCACUGUUUCCCCUCUAUCUUAUCCACCCAGAGCAGGAGGGGAGAGAUCCUCCACAAACUUUUCAUUUCCUUUCCAGAAUCUCCAUCAAGGAGACACAUUAGAAGUAUCUCUGCCUCUAGCAGCUGCAGCAGACACAUCCUUCCCUGUGACAGUCAGCUGCUCACUUGUCUUCUCGCUCUACAGUCUGCUGGGAGAGGAGGCUGCGAGGCUUCCUGGUCUGCAGAGUAGUUGCAUCAGUUUGCCCCUAAACACACUGACAGUGGAUUGGCUGCACGCGCUGCAGGUGGACUGUCCCAAAGCCGCCCAUACAAGGUCUACAUCUCAAUCUGACAACACGACAGACCCUGUGCAGGCGUUCAUAAACUCACGUCAGAUCAGGUGCAGGGGAAGAUGGGAGGGAGGAGGAGAGAGUGCUCAGAAGUCUGAGCCAGAGAAGUAUUCAGCAGCUGUUCGGGUGUCAUCAGAAUUACUGAAGGAUACGCUGGUGUCUGAAAUCUCUGAUUCGGACCUUCAUCAAAACGUGAGCCUCUCUCUGCUGGGCUGGCUGUUAUCUGAGCAGCAUGAAGGAGUGAGGAGGGGACAGCAAAGCACAGUCAGCAGCUCAGUGAUCCACACUCGAGGUCCUAGCGGUCACACAGUCAAACUGGCAGCAAAAGAGGUAAACCUGAAGGAGGAGAGCACAGGGAAGGAGGAGUCCCUGAUCACAGUAGAGGUUCAGAUGGAGAGCUCCUCUCUGGCAGCAGUGUGUGGACUUCACCAUGCUGUUCUGCACCGGGUACAGACUCUUUUGCAGAGAGCUCCUGACAGAGCUGCUUCCAAAAAGAGCAUCCAGACUUUAGCUCUAAGAGAGACACUGCAGCGGGCUGAGAACCUGUUGCAGCAGCUCCAGCAGAGUCGAGUCUCAGGGGGCUUUGGUGUAGGAGUGUCCGGAGGGCACAUGACCCGAUCUCUUCUUCAUGUUUACCGAGACCUCAGAGAAAAUCCUCUCCUCAUUAUUUAAGCCUUCAUUUAGCCCACCUACACAGCUGCUCCUGGCCUCUCUCUGUGUUGUGUAAGCUGUCUUUGAGGCAGGUUGAAACAUAAUGUCCAUAAUAUGAAUUACAGUUAUAAAUGUACUUCCCUGUAAGCAUUUCAUGUUCAUCCAAAAUAAGCUUUUUUUUGCCUGGCUCUUGCAGAAGAGCUGCUAUUGGCUUCGAAUCGCACAAUUAUUAAUAAAAUUCAGAGAGUUCAUUUUUCUGAA